UGAAAAGCGAAAACUGCCCUAACGGAUUCGUCGAGACGGAUGCAAAAAAUUCGGGGAAGAGAGGCGCAAACAAGAACUCCAGACUCAGUAUCAUGUCUUCUGAACUCGACGGCGGCGACGACGACGACAUAAGCCCCAUCUCUGUGAUCCUUCCGGCGGAGGAAGCUGGUAUAAACAAAUUGUCUCUUCCAAAUGAUGGUGUAGCAUCUGAAUUGCAGCACCAUUUCAUCCGUUCAAUCAACUCGACUCUAUCAAUCAGGCAGCUACCUUCCCAAGGACUCUCAUUCCAGCUCUGGCCGGCGGCGACUACCCUCGUCAACCUUCUCGACGAUCAACGCUCUCAUCCUGAAACCAACCCUCUCACGCCCACUCUCACCGCGUCACGCGACGGUUCGGAACGUCGAACUCUGAAAAUUCUAGAGAUCGGCUCCGGAACCGGAUUAGUCGGAAUCGCCGCAGCCGCCACUCUCGGAGCACAAGUGACAGUAACCGAUCUCUCGCACGUGAUCUCCAACCUCCAAUUCAAUGUCGAAGCCAACGCCAGCAUUCUGGCGGCUAACGGCGGUUUUGUUCAGGUGGCGCCGCUUCAUUGGGGAGAGGCCAUUUACCCCGAAUUGAUUGGGCGAGAAUUUGAUCUCAUAUUGGCUUCCGAUGUUGUGUACCAUGACCAUUUAUACGACCCUCUUAUCCAAACGCUGAGCGGGUUUCUCUUAGGCGGAGGAAACCCCAAAAUGGUGUUUGUGAUGGCCCAUUUACGGCGGUGGAAGAAGGAUUCGGGCUUCUUCAGGAAAGCGAGAAAGUUGUUCGAAGUGGAAGUCUUACAUACAGAUCCUCCACCGCCAGGAUCGAGAAUCGGAGUCGUCGUGUACCGUUUUGCUGCCAAGCAGAGUAAGAAACCGGCCAUUGGUUCAUCAAACCAAGGUUGAUCAUUAAUUAAUCUUUCGAAUCCAUCCUCAUUUGCCUUCUGCCCAUGAUAACAUUUGUAAAGAGAGAUUAUUCAAUUUUGAUCUUAUUAGCCAAUUAGAAACUCUGAAUUUCUGUCA